AUGUCUACCUUAAUUCAAUCAUAUGAACAACAAUAUUCAGUUUUAACAGCGGAGAUCACGUCUAAAAUAGGUCGAUUAAAGUUGGGAAAUGACGAUAAUCCUGACAAAUUAUCGAGAGAGAUACAAUCAAGUUUUGAGGAAGCUAAUGAUUUGCUGGAGCAAUUAGAAUUGGAGUAUCGUGGUUCAGGUGUUGGGUCCAGGGUUGCUGCCUAUCGUGCUGAACUGCAGCGUGUUAGAGAAGAGUACCGCUCGGUGAUUAGCAAUUCUGCAGCUUACAAUAUUGAUCCUGAUGAUUACGAAGACUGGUCGACAGUGAAUGAGCAAAAUCAAAAGCUAUUGGACAAUUCUGAGAGGCUGGAGCGGUCUGGCAAAAACCUGACUGAAGGCUAUCGUAUCAUUCUGGAAACAGAACAAAUUGGUAAUGCAGUUCUGCAGGACUUACAUCAUCAAAGGGAAACUUUACACAGGACGAGGGCAAGGUUACGAGAAACAGAUGCAGACCUAAACCGGUCCACUCGUCUGGUGAAGGGAAUGAUGAUGAGGGCGAUACAGCACAAGGUUAUAUUGGCAUCAGUGGUGGGUGUGAUGGUUGUGUUAGGAGUAAUUGGAAUAUACUUUUACGUCACGUAG